UGGAUCGAAAAUCCACCAUUUCGUUUGAGUUUCCGCUUUUCUUACUGUUUUGGUUUUUGUUCCGUUAGAUAUGGAUGAGAAAUCGAGAAUGGAGUGCCCCAGUCUUCCUAACGGCUGGCAGCGUGAAAUUGUGAUGAGGAAGUCAGGUUUGUCAGCCGGGAGAAGCGACGUUUAUUAUUACAGUCCAGAUGGUAAGAAAAUCCGUUCCAAGCCUCAGCUAGAACAACACCUUCCAGAAUUGGACCUUGGAAAUUUUGACUUUAGAAGUGGUACUUUCAAUAGGCGAAGUAAGAGGAGACAAGGAGAAAGAGAUCAAAGCUUUGGCAGAGAUUUGAAUCGAGGGAUAAUUCCUGCUCCUGUGCGUCAAUAUGCCAAAUCAUUUUCAGGGGAACAUGUUACAUAUUACCCUUCUAUGGCAGUGGCUCCUCCAAAAGAGAAGAAACGUAAACACGAGGCAUUAAAUGCAAGAACUGACAAAGAUAAACCAAAGCAGCUGUUUUGGGAAAAACGUCUACAAGGGAUUUCAGUUACUUCAUUGGAACAGGAUGUGCUCAAGUGUUUUCGCUUGCCAGAUCAAAUAAAGAGUGUAGGCCCUGGAAUAAGCCAAAAGAACUUAAUUCAUUCUUUAGUGACAAAUUUGCAUAACAAAGCAAGUGUAAAAGGGCAAGACAGAUCUGCUAUAGCUCUGGAAAAGCACCCAGAGGUCUGGCUAAAUGCUGAGCAACCUCUGUGUACUCCCUUUACUAUCACAGAGGCAGAUGUCAAGAAACAAGAAGAAAAGGUGUCCACAUUACGAAGGCAGUUAUAUGAGGCCUUAGUUGAAUAUGAGCAUUUAAAGAGGGAUCCACCACCAAAGUAAACUGCUUUGUGAAGCAGCAACUCAACUGAAAACUUGCUAAAGAACAGCUGUAUGCACAUUACAGUCAUAGAAUGUGUGAAUUAUGUCUUCAGCAUCAAUGUGAUGUGUUCUUAAUAGAAGAGAACAAGGUUUAUGGGAAACAAAGGUGCCAAAACUUAAUAAUAUAGUUUUCCCUGGACAGUGUGAAAGACAUGACUGAACAAGCUUUUUAGAGGCAAUGUGACAAUUUAGAGUUUUUCAAAUGAUCUCUCUGAAUGGCCUGAACACAUUGAGCAACUUGUUUGUCUAUCUUAUUGAAUGACAUAUAUUUUUCCAUUUGCAAAGAAAAAAAAACUUAAACCGAAUAAAAAAGUAGACUGAUGUCUUCUUAAGUAGAAA